CGACUUAAAUAAGAAAAUGGCUAUUUAAAUCAAAGAAGAAAGAACACUUAUUUUUGCACCAUCUUUUGGCUUUGAAGAUACAAGUCAACAAGUUUCCUCUAAAAAAAUAUAAGUUUCUCUCCUGGUUUGUUUCAACAAGGAUUCUUUUUCUUUUGAUUUUUCUCUACUCUAAGAGAUGGGAGAUUCUUCAGUAGUAGUGCAGUCACAAGUACAAGGUAACGAAGCUAAAAUUGAAGAGAGCUCACAGAAUGGAACUGAUCAGUCAAAAGCUCCAAGCUUCGUACAGUACAAAUGGUGGAUCCAAAUGGUUAUUUACUCAACUUUUGUUCUAUCUGGCCAAUCUAUAGGUACACUCUUAGGUCGAUUAUAUUUUGAUAAAGGAGGAAAUAGCAAAUGGUUAGCUACAUUAGUACAAAAUAUAGGCUUCCCAAUUCUCAUCCCUUUCCUCUUAAUAAAAUCAACUAAAACUAAUCAUGAAGUAAUCACUCAUGAAAUACAGAAACCAUCUUUUUAUAUUGUUGCUUCACUUUAUACUUUGCUUGGGUUAUUCCUAGCUGGAAAUUGUAUGUUAUACACAAUAGGUUAACAAUACCUUCCUGUCACAACUUAUUCACUUAUAUGUGCUAGUCAAUUAGGAUUCAAUGCACUCUUUUCCUUCUUCUUAAAUAAACAAAA